AUGAUAGCCAGUCUAAUUAACCGGGUGGUGGCUUCUGCUCCAGAGGCAGGUCGUUGGGGACUUCUAGUAUGGCUCAUCGCUGCCCCUCCCCCAGUGACUUUUAACCCUGGGCACCCCUUCUUCCAGCUCCCUCUCUUCUGUGUCUCUGGGAUGGAAAAACGGGCUGAAGGGGGAGCUUUGGUGGGACCGGGGCCCUCCUUUUGUUUCCUGUUACUACAUGCGUUUCAUGGGGAGGCCUGGCUUCUGACCCCGGAGAGCACACACUGCGCUGUGGCUGUGGGCUCCAAGGGAAAGGCCCAUCUGUGGCAUCCAUCAGUGCAGCGCUCUCCUGCUGAGGUACUGUCAGGAGCUGAGGGUGGGGGAGUGGUGGGGGGAGCUGGCUGA